CAUGCUCCUAACCAACCUGCUAAUUUUGUGACUCUUAUAGGACUUUAUGGGACCUUCCUGUUCCUCUCCCAACCUGGGCAGCCUUGAUUGGCAGAACCACAAAAAGAUCAGGUUUGCUAAGAGGCGAUAUAAAGGUCAAGGCCUUUAACUAAAGCAUGAAUCAAAAACCAGAACAAAUUGAAUUGACUGGGCUCCAGACUGACCUAGAUGAAAAUAUAUUUUCUUUUAAAAUUGAACCCAAAUUUUAAAAAAAUCUUAUAGCAGCUUAGAUUAGAACCAAAUCUACACUUUUCCCCCUAAAAUAUGGCAGGAAAAAAUUGUCUCUGGACCAGACCUUAAAUUCUAAUUAUUUCAUCUGGUUCAAGUGAUUUAUAAUAAUUGCUAUCAGGUAUAUCUGUCACACACCAUACUGUGUACCUUAUGAUGGUGAAAUUGAAGGGGUAACAUCCAGAGCUAGAACCACCAACUAUUUGUUUCCAUCAACAGAACUUGAGGAAAUUGGCCAAAAUUCCAGCAUGAGUGAUGUUAGCCUUUCCCUGACAGUGAUUUAUAAUAGAGAUCACUUCCUUCUGGGCAUAUUUAAUCCAGAAGAGAUGCUCAUCCAUCAGGAGAGUUGACUGCCAACCUAUUCAAAGGCAAGAUGGACUAUGAAGCUCACCUCAAAGUCCAUCCUAACCUUUUCUAGGUUACCUGUUCACUGACAUUUGGGACACUGAAGGAAAACUUUCAUAACUUUCCUCUUCAAGAAAACUACCAGCUAAUUGGUAUAGGCUAAGGGGUGCAGUUUGUGGGGCAAGGGAAGAAUGUAAAAUACAGUUUCCUUCCAGGUACUUAUAUUAAGCUCCUUCUCAUCAUCUCUGAACACAUUUCUACUUCAAUUUAAAAGUCACAGUGACUCCAGAACAAGAUAGGUUUCAUACUCCUGUACCAGAAAAGACAGAAGAGAAUCAUGUCUGCAGGUAUCACCGAAAACGCGUGGACUUUGCAUGGCCAUGGCUCUCUCACCAGGUGAGACAGUGGAUGUCUCCAGCAGCCUGAGAAUAUUUCUGAAGUGAGGAAGCAGAGGAGAGGAUUUAUGUCCUGAAUCAUUCAUACAGGCCUGGGCCGGAGUUGUAGCCUUGCUGGAGGCCUUCAAGCAAAGGCUGCAGGGUUACUUGUCAGGGAGAAUAGAGAAUUCCUGUUCAGAUGAGGAAAUUGAGGCCCACAGAGGGAAAGUGAGUUGUCCAAGGUUGCACAGAUAAUAAGCGGAAGAUGGACCAGGAAAAAUACCCAUCCUAUGACUCUAGAGUGAAUUACGAAGCAACGAAGAUUGUCCCAGAAACAUCCAAGUUUGAUCUAGGAACAACCAGAAAUAAUACAGAAACAUCCAGGUUUGACCCAGGAAUGCCCAGGUUUGAUCCAGGAACAUCCAAGUUUGAUCUAGGAACAUCUAGAAAUGAUGCGGGGACAUCCAGGUUUGACCCAGGAAUGCGCAGAUUUGAUUCAGGAUCAUCCAAAUUUGAUCCAAGAACAUCUAGGAAUGAUGUAGGAACAUCCAGGUUUGACCCAGGAAUGCACAGAUUUGAUCCGGGAUCAUCCAAGUUUGAUUCAGGAGCAUUCAGGUUUGAGCCAGGAGUGCAUAGACUUGAUCCAGGAUCAUCCAAGUUUGAUCUGGGAACAUCUAGGAAUGAUGCAGGAAUAUCUAGGUUUGAGCCAGGAAUGCUCAGCUUUGAUCCGGAGUCAUCCAAGUUUGAUCCAAGAACAUCCAGGAAUGAUUCAGGAAUAUCUAGGUUUGACCCGAGAAUGCUCAGCUUUGAUCCCGGAUCAUCCAAGUUUGAUCCAGGAACAUCUAGGAAUGAUGCAGGAAUAUCUAGGCUUGACCCGGGAAUGCUCAGCUUUGACCCAGGAUCAUCCAAGUUUGAAAUGGGAUCAUCCAAGUUUGAUCCAGGAACAUCCAGGAAUGAUGCAGGAAUAUCCAGGUUUGACCCAGGAAUGCUCAGUUUUGAUCCAGGAUCAUCCAAGUUUGAUCUAGGAACAUCCAAGAAUGAUGCAGGAAAUUCUAGGUUUGACCCGGGAAUACUCAGCUAUGAUCCCGGAUCUUCCAAGUUUGAUCUAGGAACAUCUAAGAAUGAUGCAGGAAUAUCUAGGUUUGACCCGGGAAUGCUCAGUUUUGAUCCAGGAUCAUCCAAGUUUGAUCCAGGAACAUCCAGGAAUGAUGCAGGAACAUCCAGGUUUGACCCGGGAAUGCUCAGCUUUGAUCCAGGAUUAUCCAAGUUUGAUCCAGGAACAUCCAGGAAUGAUGCAGGAACAUCCAGGUUUGACCCCAGAGUGCACAGAUUUGAUCUGGAAUCAUCCAAGUUUGAUCUAGGAACAUCCAGGAAUGAUGUAGGAAUACCUAGCAAUGAUCCAAGAAUGUCCAGGCUUGAUCCAAAAUCAUCCAAAUCUGUGACCAGAAAAAAUCACAAGGACAUCAUGAUAGAAGUUUGUCCAGGAACCUACACUAUCACAGUGGGGUCACCUAACAUAGUCACAACGCAAAUGGUAGACGUUGACCCAGGACGAAUCAUCGAUCUGAAUUUCAACCUUUAACACUGGAUAGUGCCUUAAAAAAAAAAGAAAAAAAAAAGAGAGGCAGCAAAAAAUCAAACCACCAAACCACGCUGUGGUUCUCCUUGUCAGUAUUUAUACAUGAUAUAGUAUGUACAUAUAGUGCCAGUCACACAGAUCAGAUCUCUUAGGAACUGAGGGGGCUGUCCCUCAGUAACUAUUUUAACUUGAAUGUCCUAAAAGGGGAGAGGAAAGCUAUAUCUCUUACCUUCCCUAAUCUGAAUGUGAGGAGUGAUGUGCCUUUUUGAUAUUUGUUUCUAAAGUCAUAAUUGUUUACUUCUCUCCCCUCCCCACCCCAACACACCCCAAAAGUUAAUCAUGGAAAUAAAUUUUGGAAAUGAAAUUAA